AUGGCGGCCAAGAGCAAGGAUCGACUCUGGCAGUUUGAUGUUUCCGACCCUACCAAGCAUCCCGAUGGUUUUACUGUCUACAAAGUAUCAUGCAAGGUGUUCCAGAUCCAUUCACCUGAAAGUUUGACAGAGAUACUUUUAUGGAAAAGAUACAAUGACUUCAAGAACUUAUUCCGAGUGAUGUUGGCACUUCACAGAGCUCUUCACAGAAAGGAGGAAUUCCCCAAAUUUGCCAAACCCAAACUUUUUGGUCGUUUUGAAGAUUCUGUGAUAGAGGAAAGACGUAUCAGUGCCCUACAGUUACUGAACUUUAUUGGUAAUCAGCCUCAUCUUCACAAGUCAAAGGCAUUCCAGGAAUUUCUAAAGGGAGGGAAGCAGAGACACGGUUUGUUUGGAAGUACAAUGAAGCCGUCUAAACUGGACAUUCUGUCUCCAGACUCCACGUCAUCCACAGAAUCCGAGGAUUCACUGAAUAAAUCUGGUAGCGACCUGCUGCAGCCAGUAAAACAUCCCCCGAGCGACCAGAACAAUGUCACUGACGACAGCAACACAGACGGAGAUUCAGAACACAGUGAUCAGAAGGAGUUGAGAUUGGAAGGUGUGUGGAAUUUCCCACAGAUCCCGGACAACAUCAGCCUCAAUUCGUACGAUGAUGACGUAGAGGAUGCUGAUGUUGAGUCGAACCUCAGUGCCUCCCUCCCUGACACAGACAUCGCCUACUUCGAUCCCCUGUCUACAGAUGACCUGGAAAGCAAAACUGAUAUACACACUAAUGGCAGUUGGUUGUUUGCAGCCAUGAACACAUGUGCAGGUAUUUUGAUUAAAAUGGAUACCGAGGACUUGAGGGAUGAUACAGAUUCAACAACACCAUCAGAUACUGAUGCUGGUAUUCAGAUUGAUUUUGACGAAAAGACGGAGGAGAUGAUGACCUCGACAGAUACAGUCAUUGAAGUGAAGAUUGAUGGCGUAGAUAUCACAGAGUCAAGCAGUGGAAGUCUGAAAUCCUCAACACAAGAUCUCAGUGAAUUCGACCCACUGCGAAUGAGGUCUGAAUCUAGCAUUGAGUAUGGUAAGGGUGACCUUGACCUUUCACAUGCUACCGGGAAAGGAAGCGCGUCAUCGCUUAGUAACAGUGUCACGUCAAGUGCAACAUCGUCCCCGGUACAUAAGGUUGGUCGCAGUCCACACCGCGUUCGGUCACAAACCGGCGAAUCUGUGUCCACUAUGGAUCUAGGGGGUAAGGAGGACUACAUCUAUAUGGCGGCCAAUCAGAUCUGUCAGGCACAGGACCAUGAGGCCAACGGUCGAUAUGAGCUCGCCUUCUCCUCAUACAAGAGCGGAGUGGGAAUCCUGCUCCAGGGGGUUCAAGGAGAUAAGAAUAGAGCAAGGAGGGAUGCUGUGAGGAGAAAAACAGCCCAGUACCUCAUCAAGGCAGAAGAUUUGUACAAUAGACACCUGGCUAAGGAGUCUCUGGACCAGAAACGAUGGGCAGCCGACGGAGACCUGUCACCGCUUUCUGAAGUUGACCCGUCCCUGGCGCUGUUGAAGGGGUCUACCGGGGAGCUGAAGAACUACAAGGUGCUGGGUACGGUAGACAAGGUGUUACUUGUCAUGGAUAAAAGUACAGAUGACACCUACAUCAUGAAGACUAUCCACAAAUCCAGUACCUGUACUACAAGGUCUAAGACCAUCCUGCCAGUAUCCUGCCCGUAUAUGGUUGGACUUCACAAGUUUUACGAGACAGACAAUGCCAUUCACCUGUUGCUGCAGUAUGCCGCUGGUGGAAAGCUGUGGACAUACAUUGGAGCUUACCUACAAUCUAGUCGAGGAAACCCUCGGGACAACGCCCCCGGGCUGGUCACUGAUAGGGACUUGUACACUCACGCAUACAUGGGACAGAAAAUUCAUAGCAGUGACAACUCUGUGUUGGACUCCAGUAAACUGGAGGGUGGUAAACAGCAGGCUGAUAUGGACAAUGUGUGUAAAGAUAAAGAGUUUGCUGCACUCCAUAUGAAAUACACUAAAGACAAUGAAACCUGUGUCUACAGUGCUAAUAAGCCAGGCAUUGUGCCUACCGAUUCAGAAUCUAACGUGCCAGGCCAGAUGUCAAAACCGUCAGACGGGGAAAUAAUCUGUGAUAAGGAUAAGAGUCCCGCCGAUAAAAAACGACGAAACCACACUCUGAGUAGUAUUUCUUCCUUAGAUAACCAAGAUAUGGGUGAUACAGAUAUAUCAGAUUUUAAGCCUUGUCAAUUGGACCACAAAGAUUUUCAAAUUAGUGAUAUCUUAGAGAACACCAAAUCUAACCUAGACUGUUUCAGCAUUAAUAGUAUAGAGAGUAACGAGGGGGUACAGAGAAUGGACAGUAAUGCAUCAGACAACACCACAUUCGAGAGUAUUCCGGAGGAAAGUGAAGUGUCGCCAAAGCACAAGCCUCAUUUUGAGGACGAUGUGUUUGACGGGGGUAAAGUGUCUCAUACGCAGGAGAUUCGUGAAAAUGUGCCUGAGGACGAUGCAGAUAUUAUCGUAAAAAAUGCAAAAGAGCUCAUCAAAUCAGUUGAAAGGACGUUAUCUGUUGUCGAUGGAGAAGUUGAAGAAGCGAUAUCACCAAAGAAAUUGUCAGACUUUGGUUCAGAUAGUAAAAGAGAUAUUUCUAGUGUUCAGGAUAGUAAUGAUUUGUCCUCGGGCACGCCGACAUCACAAAGCAUAAGUGACCUACAAGACGACAGGGUCAGAGGUCAAGAUUCAGCAAGUCUGGCAGAGGAUUAUGAUAGUUCAAAUGAAACCAGUAUAUAUGACCUCAACAGGUCAAAUGAAGGUCAAGGUUCAGACACAAGUGAUGGGGAGCAAAUGAAAGCAAUGAGUGAUUCCCCCAAGAAAGAUCCAUCAGAACUUGAACAGGUGUCUGUAGAGUUGUUAGAAGAUAGCAAAGACAGGUCAAACACUUUAGUCAAACCAAAAUCUGACCCUGACUUAACCUCAAGAAAAUAUAGUGACCUUGACCGCAAAGAGUCAAGGUCAUCAACCUUCACAGAACACUCGCUGACUAGACAUCCUACUCCGCCGAAGAAACUUAGCCUGAAUCGCAUGAACUCUAAAGACCUGUGCCGGUCAGCAUCCAUGGAACGAGAAUUGACCUCCCCAUUGAAGACGAGACACAGAAAUUUCUCAGGUUUGUUCCAGCAGCUUGAUUUAGCCACUAGUAGUCCAGAGCAGGUCCACCUACCCGAGUCCUGUAUCCAACAAUGGGCAGCCGAGAUGGUGGUGGCAUUGUCAAGGCUUCAUGCAGAGGGAAUAUUUUGCAGAGACCUGAAGCCUAAUAACAUACUGCUGGGGGAGCGUGGACACAUUCUUCUUACCUACUUCUGUCAAAUCAGUACCACGGAGACCGACGUAGACUUCGAGGCCGUGGACCAACUAUAUGUUGCACCAGAGGUGAGGAGUAUAUGUGGUUAUACCGACGUCUGUGAUUGGUGGAGUCUCGGCUCACUCCUCUACGAGCUUCUCACCGGACGCAGUUUGUUGAGCUGUCAUCCUGGAGGAAUCACUUCUCAUACACAACUCUACAUACCAGAGAGUAUGUCUUCUGAGGCUAGAGGUCUCCUUCACCAGCUGCUGUGUUAUAACCCCCGUGAGCGUCUUGGAGCUGGAAUCAACGGAGCUGAGGAAAUCAAGGCUCAUCCCUUCUUUAGUGGAGUGAACUGGAACGCCCUGGAGAAUCAGUGUACGUGACUUAAAGUGAUGACAUUAGUGACCUGCAACUGAAACAUAGGGUGUGUUAAUUGGCUUCUAAAGAUUCCACAGGAAAUUGGAACUCAUUAAUAAUGUUGCAGUAAAUGAAACACCAUGACGCCACCUUAAACCAGUCACCAGGGGUUCAGGUUCAGGUAUACUACCUACCAGGCAGUGUGUACACAUAGGUUUCCUUACAAAGUUACCACAGUGAUCCGGAUGGGUCAAAUUCCUCCAACCUCUGCUGGAAAUAAAGAUAAAUGGAUUUCAGAGAUUCAGUGAUAAGAAGGCAAGAAGUAUAUUAAGAUUUAGUCACGUAAUUUAAAUGUCAAAUUUAUUUAAUUAAAAUAGAAAUGUGUUGCUGUCAAUAGCUCAAUGUUUGGAAAAUCAGAAUAUUCAUAUAAUUCAAAUGUCAUUUUUUUUUAACAACAUAACAAAUUAUUGUUGUCAAAAGAUUUUGAAAAG